GGUUUUUUUUUUUUUUUUUUUUUUUGGACGUGCCUCUCUUGCAUCCGCAGUGCGGCUGCGAAGUGACAUCUGCAGCGUGUACAGGUGCAUCAUGCCCUUCAUCUUGAAAGAGGCUUGAUCCCGAUCGGCCGACAGUAGCGGACUGUGCCUCCCACCGCCCUCCCUGCUCCUCGCGGUCCCCCGAGGCACAGCCAUGACGUGCCACACCAGGACACUGACCUGCUUUUUUCUCUGCUGCUUCCUUUCCACGCUGGCGCCGCUCGCGACCUCCAAGACGGCGUUACGGGCGCCGCCGUCGCCCGGCUACGGUUCCCGAGUGAUCACGGCGUCUCUCGAGGAGGAAGAGUACGCCUCGUUUCGCGCCGAGAACCCCGAAUGGACAUUCAACCACUUGGCGGUGGACUAUCGCAACGGCAACGUUUACUUGGGAGCGGUCAAUCGCAUCUAUAAACUGUCGCCGGGUUUGGAGGUGCAGGUGUCUCACGAGACCGGCCCGGACGAGGACAACCGCAAGUGCUACCCGCCGCGGAUCGUGCAGCCUUGCGGCGAGCCGCUGACGCUCACCAACAACGUCAACAAGAUGCUGCUGAUGGACUACCGGGAAAACCGGCUGCUGGCGUGCGGCAGCCUCUACCAGGGCAUCUGUAAAUUGCUGCGCCUGGACGACCUCUUCAAGCUCGGGGAGCCCUUCCACAAAAAGGAACACUACCUGUCCGGGGUCAACGAGAGCGGCUCCGUGUUCGGCGUCAUCGUUUCCUACGGCAACGCCUCGCCGGACAUGCUGUUCGUGGCCACGGCGGUGGACGGCAAGCCGGAGUACUUCCCCACCAUCUCCAGUCGCAAGUUGGCCAGAAAUUCCGAGGAGGAUGGGAUGUUCGCUUACGUCUUCCACGAUGAGUUUGUGGCCUCGAUGAUUAAGAUCCCGUCGGACACCUUCACGGUGAUACCGGACUUUGACAUUUAUUACAUUUACGGCUUCGCCAGCGGGAGCUUUGUCUACUUCCUGACGCUGCAGCCCGAAAUGGGAGGCGGACCCACCGCCGGCUCUUCCUCGGCGGGCCGAGAACAGGUGUACACCUCCAAGAUCGUCCGCCUGUGUAAAGCGGACACGGCCUUCAACUCGUACGUGGAGGUGCCCGUCGGGUGCGUCAGCGGCAAUGUGGAGUACCGACUUCUGGAGGCGGCCUACCUGUCCAAAGCCGGCGCCAAUUUGGCGCGCUCGCUGGACGUCGCGCCGGACGACGACGUCUUGUUCGCCGUCUUCUCCAAGGGCCAGAAAAGGCGACCCCGGCAGGAGUCGCAGGAAUCGGCCCUGUGCGUCUUCUCCCUGCGCAACAUCAAUGAGCGCAUCAAGGACAGGCUGCAGUCGUGCUACAAGGGCGAGGGAACGCUCGACCUGGCCUGGCUCAAGGUCAAAGACAUCCCCUGCAGCAGUGCGCUCCUGACCAUCGACGACGACUUCUGCGGCCUGGACAUGAACGCGCCGCUCGGCGUUUCGGAGAUGGUGCGCGGCAAGCCGCUCUUCUCCGACGCCAGCGACAAGAUGACCUCCGUCGUGGCCUACGUCUACAAGAACCACUCGCUGGUCUUCGUGGGCACCAAGAGCGGCCGCGUCAAGAAGGUAAGCUGCGGAAUCGCCGCGUAAAGGUUCUAAAAAUCGGGUGCGCCGCGAGGAAGGAGCGUUGUCGUGAGGUAGAUUGACUUUCGGGCAAAGUCGCUGAGUCGGCUGUAUUUGCGCGGGGGCGUGCGUGUGCAUGCGUGCGAUGAAUUUGAGUUGUGAGGAAGCGGAGGUGUGAUCAGGAGAGCCCCCGAGGGGGGGAUUUGAUUCCUGCAGCCAAACCUAUCUGGUGUCUCUCUACAUCCUCCUUGUCCAUUACGCACCCACACACACACACACACACACACACACACAC